UUCUCGAGAUUUUUGUGUGGCGAGAAAUUUAUCUUUACGGGAAAAAGCAUGGAUAAUCCGCUUUAAGUGCAAUAACUGCAGGACCCCGAUGGCCGUCCAGGAUGUUCCGUAAGUAAUAUAAGUUCCUUGCUUCCGGCGGAAACCCAACUCCUUCGUGCACCGUUUUGUGUUUCCCGGAUAACGCAAAGUUUCCCGGAUAUGUUGAGUGAUUCGGUUUUGGCAAAAGAAAGAAACUCUCUAAUCGACGACGGGAAAGGAUGGCCGGAUUUCGAAGGUAAGGAAAGUAGAUAGAACUUGGUAGCUGUUUGUAGUGUCUCGGCAACGGAGCGAUCUUCGCAAAUUGCGAUUACGUGUGUGAGUUUUAUUCAUAUUACUUUUUCGUCGUACUAGCAAAAUGUGUGGGAAGUAUAGUUAUUGUAUUAUAUACACCGCAGGACGGCCAGCUGAAGGCGUAGCAUUGGUUAACCUGGCGGCUGCAGGCCGUAUUCUUAAAAUAGAUCAUUGCGUAAGCAAAAUCGGAUCCACGGUCUCCGCCUCUGAGCGAAGAAGUACGAAUUCUAGUCCAAUUUCUCUCGCACACAACAAAAAUGACCUUCUGCAGCGCGACGCGAUUAUUCCUUCGCGUUCACAUCUCCAGCAUAGACCACCGCCAGGCCCGAGCGCCAGACAAGAAACCUUGUAAUCCUUAUCAGCACCACCAACGACGCUGGGUUGGUGAUUUUUUCCCGUUCACUUGCUCUCUACUCUAUCACCUAUCGCGCAUGUUUCUUAUCAGUUCCAAAUAAAAGCAUUCCCGAGGAGAGGGGACAAAAGGGCGGUGGAAGGACCAUCGAGAAAAAGACUUCAAUGCGCGCUGCUCAACUUGCGGAAAUCGGUCGCAAGAAGAAACGAAACUGGCUUGCUCCACUGCAGGCUAAUGAUCGUAGGAAUCUACGAAAACCUCAUAAGGACUCAUAAGGACACCCAACGAAAUUAACCCUCGGUUAGGCACCCGGCGUUUACUCCUUCGUUGGGCACCGGGGUACCCGGGUGCCACUGGGCGUAUGUUACUUUUAUCGACCCAAAUUGUGUUCCGAAUUAAACAAGCUUUGAAAAGUUUGGAUCUGUGGAUCCAUUUUUUAGUAACUCCAGGAAAACUAAAAAAAAGGGGGCGAAACAAAAAUAGCAUCACCAAUGAUUUUCAACAAAAUUCAUCCAAAUUUCGAAAAAUUCAUCAUGUUUUUAAUAUUUAAUAGUCUUUUUACGUGUAAAUCUUUCAGAUAACUUCAAUCAAAUACGAUUUCAUGUAUAAAAUAAGUGUUGUGAGCUUUUCCCUCUGUAUCUCCUCCAAAGCACUCCCGAACUCGACAUUUGAGUUUGGGUUUCCCGUGGCUUUUGCGCAACUCUGAGUACCCACAACUUACCAAAAGUUGUUGUACGAGACGUGCAGUAACUGUAUGCACCAAUUCCGCGCGGAUUUGUGAUGCUUUUCAUCUCUGGUUCACUGCAAUUCAACGAACUCCCCGUUUAUCCUUUGAGGAAAGCUUACUUUUCUUCCUAUUUUUCUCGAUGGGAUCAAGUUUAUCGCCACUUUUCAAUUGAUUUUCAACAGCUGGGAGUGUCCGAUGAAUUCUGUGAUCUUUUUUUUUUAGAGAGGCCUGCGUGUUGGUAGAUUUGGAUUAUUACCUUUUCUCGAACUUUAGAUACUCUGAUCGACCAUAGAGGCUAAAUCAAAAGGGACAAAAGUGAUUUCGCCUUUAAAUGAACGCACUUAGGCUACACUUCCAUCGUUGUGAAAACCGAAAUAAAGUUCUUUGAAAUGAGUGCAAAAACGAAAAUUAACAUAAGGUGGUGCUAUUUUUAUUUCGCACCCUUUUUUCGAAAAAUUGGACUAAAAUGUCUAUACUCCAAAAACUAUGCUCCAUAACAUUGUUAGAAAAAUAAUAUACAAAAACCUGGUGGUGCUAUUUUAAUUUCGUGCACUGUAUGAAGUAGACGAAUAUUUCGAGGAUGCUGCGACCACUUGAUAGCACUCUCUGAUGCCCGAGUGCGAGAGAGUAAAUUGAUGUUCUUAUCAUUUUCUCUGUAAUAUGUUUGGAAGAGCAGCUACGAAUGCUGGUCGCCGGGUAUUAGUUUCUCAUUUGUUCUCUCAAUAUGUCCCAAAAAAAAUGAAAACCUUUCACACUCGUGAUUCGGACACCGUUUUUAUAAAAAGUUGUACCCAGCGCACCGGGUAGCUCUAGUUGUAUUUAUUUAUCUAUCGCUGUUAGAGUUAAUUAAACAUGAACACACCAUCGUCGUGUCACCAUCGUGCGUCCAUGUCCGAGUCGCUCACUUAUAGGGACCAAACCAAACAGCAGCAGCGCCAGCAGCGCCGUUUACUUUUAUCAAAUGUACGAUUCGGUUUCAUUAAACUACAUAAGAAGCCAACACAUUCACACUUCUUGGCCGGGGGGGUUUGUUAUCUUGAACCGCGCGUGAUGCGAGCAGAUGGAAGAAGACGAACUCGAGAAUGUGUAAC